GAUGUACACUUCACACACUUCACUCCCGAAUCCGGCUCGAAGGACCAAUGGCGUACUGACCAUCGUAACGAUCCAGAAAUCGAUCGUGACCUCUCGUUACGAUGGUCAAAGGUGAUUGGCCAAGGUCAUCGGGUUGGUCAUCCUGAUGUUUGACCGCGGGAUUUUGAACAAUUAUUUCUGAAUGACGAUAUUCUCUUCCAUGUUUCAGUGAUUUUGUUGCUUAUUUUAGUUUAUUUUGUUUUUUUUUCACUCAUUUGCAUACUUGUUUGCACGAAAAUGCAUAAACAAAAUUGAAAAUGGCGGAUUUCGUACUAAUUUUUUUUUUCAGAGCGAAAGGGAAAGCCGUGAGAAUGCCUCGCUCUCUGGCUCACUACCUCCAGCACAAAUGGCACCAGCCGAAGUGGCACCAGUCCAAGUGGCACCAGUCCAAGUGCCUCCAGCCCAGAUGCCACCAGCACAAGUGCCACCAGCACAAGUGCCACCAGCACAAGUGCCAUCAGCCCAGAUGCCACCAGCACAGGUCCGCAGCAGUCUGCUGCAAAUUCCCCACGGCUACCGUCGUACGGAUCAUAUCCAUCGGCUGAUGGAGAAUUUGCAGCAACAAAUGGAUGUUCUGCAAAGGCAGGCUGAAGAAGCCGAUAAAGAGGAAGGACGAGGAGCAGGACAACAAGAGAUCGGACGAGGAAGAGAGUAAUGGGCAGGACGCGGAAGAGAACAAGGAGCUGGUGGAGGAAGAGGACAAGGGGCAGGGCGAGGAAGCAGGGGACCAGAGAGGAAGAAUCGAGGAGGAAAAAAAAGGAGAAGCGGGAUGCAGCCUAUUGGAAAUCACAAUAUUUUCAAUCCAGGAAUGAUCGUCCAGGUCCUCCACCUCCUCCUGGAGUAGGUCAAGGCAUGUUUGGCAAAGGCUCAGUGUUUUAUUUCAAUUGUGGAUAAAAUACUGAGUCUUGCUUUUAUUAGCUCCUACCCUCUCUGAUAUCAUAGCAUAUUUUUCAUAUUUUCUUAGAUCCAAGUAAGACUCAAUUGCCCCAUUUCCUUGAAAUUUAAUUAAUAAUCAAUAUUUUUAACUUUAUUUCUCUCUUUCAGGUUUUCAUAUCUAUAUAUUAAGGCGCCUCACCAGUAUUAUAAAUUAAAUGGCUGAGCGAAUGGAUUCUUUUGCGUACUUGAACCUUAAAUACUUUAAAUUUAGUUAGUUAUUAUAUAAAAAAAUGUUAAAAACUUAUAAUAAUGUUAAAAAUAACAAAAAAAAACAAAAAAUGAAUGUUAAAAUACUAAUGUAAAAAAAUGUUGUAAAAACAUGGAAAAAAACGUACUUUUACACACUGUGACGAGGCAACAAACCUUAAAGGUUAUGUUAAC